AUGGGCAAGAAGAAUAGUAAGAAAGCUGGGGGUGAUAUUUGGGAUGAUGAUGAGGAGUUAGUUGGAGAGUUACCUCAGGCGGAAGAAUUUGGAGUUGAUCCUAAUUCAUCAGCAGGAGACGUUAAAGAAGAAGCUGUAGAAGCUGUAGAAGCUGUAGUAGCCGAAGAGGCUUCUGCAGAUGACAUUGCUGGAGACUUUUUAGGAACUAUUCGUAAGAACAAGCAAAAGAAGGCAAGUAAGGAAGAAGAGAAGAACAAAGUUGAUACCUCUAAUGGAGGUGGUGGUGCACCAAAAAUAUUGUCGAAAAAGGAAAAGGAAAAAUUGAAAAAAGAGGCGGAGAAGCAAAAGAAAAAGGAGUUGGCAAACAUGAAGAAAGAACAGCAAGCUAAUAAGAAGGAGCAGAUUAAGGAAGCUAAUAAACAAAACUCCGCUGCUGCUGCUUCUGCCGCUGCUUCUGCCGCUUCAUCAGCACCAGCAUCAGCUACCCCAGAAGCAGAGAAUAAGGCGGUGCCCGAGAAAGUAAAAGAAGAUAAACAACAAAAACCAGCUAAAAAGGGUAAGAAAGCACCAGCCGGUAUUGCUGCAUUAAAGAAACAAUUGGAGUUGAAAAAGCAACUCGAAGAGGAACAGAGAAGAUUAGAGGAAGAAGAAGAACAGCGUCAACUAGAAAAAGAAAGGUUAGCUGCUGAGGAGGAGGCUAAACUUGAAGAGGUCAAAGCCGCUAAAAGAGAGCGUGAUAGAUUAAAGAAGGAGCAGUUGAAAGCUGAAGGAAAAUUGUUGACCAAGAAACAAAAGGAAGAAAAGAAGUUGCGGGAACGUCGUCGUGCUCAAUUAUUACAAGCAGGUAAUAUCACAAUUGCUGGUUUGCAGCAAGAUGCCUCUGGAAAAGCUGAUAAAGAAACUCAGAAACCAAAAAAUGUUGUUUACACGAAAAAGAAACUGUCGAAACCAAAGACUUUUAUUCAGAAACCCCAGCAUACAGUACAACCAGUUGAAACAGGAGAUAAAAAAGAGGAAGAAGAUACAGAGCAAGCGUUUGUUGACGAUUGGGAGAAGAUCGCUUUAGUAGAUGAUGAUGAUGAUGACAAUAUUGAUGGAAAGGGCGAAGUAGAAGAUUGGGAGUCAUAUGCGGUUGACGAAACCAAGCCGGCAGAUGGAGAGGAGGAAAAGGAAGAUAAGCUCGAAAAACAAGAAAAAGAAGAUGAGGAAGAGGAAGAAGAAGAAGAAGAAGAAGAAGAAGAAGAAGAGAAAAAGAGAAAAGAGGAUGAAGCGGCGGCAGCGGCAGCAGCAGCAGCAGCAGCAGCAGCAGCAGAGAAUGAAAAGAAAGCCAAGAAUAAGGAACUGGACGUACAACCUGCUGGACAAAAGAAGAAGGACACUUCAUCUAUUAAAGAGUUGCGUUCUCCUAUAUGUUGUAUUUUGGGACAUGUUGAUACUGGUAAGACCAAAUUAUUGGAUAAAAUUCGUCAAACAAAUGUUCAAGGUGGUGAAGCAGGAGGUAUUACUCAACAAAUUGGUGCCACUUAUUUCCCAGUUUCUGCAAUUAGGCAGAAAACUGCAGUUAUGGCAAAAUACGAAAAGCAACUUUUUGAAGUUCCAGGAUUGUUGAUCAUUGAUACCCCUGGUCACGAGUCAUUUACUAACUUGAGAUCUCGUGGUUCAUCUUUAUGUAACAUUGCUAUAUUGGUUAUUGAUAUAAUGCAUGGCCUUGAGAAGCAGACAAUGGAGUCGAUAAGAUUGCUUAGGGACAGAAAAGCUCCAUUUGUUGUGGCAUUAAAUAAAAUUGAUAGGUUGUAUGACUGGAAAGAAACACCAAAUAAUUCCUUUAGGGAUUCAUUUGCUCAGCAAGCUAAGUCUGUCCAACUGGAAUUUCACAAAAGAUAUGACCAGAUAAAGUUGGCACUUGCGGAACAAGGGUUGAACUCGGAAUUAUACUUUCAAAACAAGAAUAUGGCAAAGUAUGUAUCGAUUGUACCUACGUCUGCAGUCACCGGCGAGGGUGUUCCUGAUUUGUUGUGGUUGUUAUUAGAAUUGACACAGAAGAGAAUGUCCAAACAAUUGAUGUACUUGUCUAAAAUUGAAGCCACUAUUUUGGAAGUUAAAGUUGUUGAAGGGUUUGGUUAUACUAUUGAUGUUGUUUUAUCGAAUGGUAUAUUGAGAGAAGGUGACAGAAUAGUGCUAUGUGGAUUGAAUGGUCCUAUAGCAACUAACAUCAGAGCUUUGUUGACACCACCACCUUCAAGAGAGCUACGUAUCAAAUCAGAGUACAUACAUCACAAGGAGGUGAAAGCAGCGUUGGGUGUUAAGAUUGCCGCAAACGAUUUGGAGAAAGCGAUUGCUGGUUCUCGUUUGUUAGUUGUUGGUGAGGAUGAUGAUGAGGAAGAAUUGAUGGAUGAAGUGAUGGACGAUUUAACGGGUUUGUUAGAUUCUGUUGACACAUCUGGAAGGGGUGUUGUUGUGCAGUCAUCAACUUUAGGUUCAUUAGAAGCUUUGUUGGACUUUUUAAAGGAUAUGAAGAUUCCGGUCAUGUCCAUUGGGUUAGGUCCUGUUUACAAGAGGGAUGUUAUGAAAGCAGUAACGAUGUUGGACAAGGCACCAGAGUUAGCUGUGAUGUUAUGUUUUGAUGUCAAAGUCGAUAAGGAGGCUGAGCAUUAUGCAGAAGAGCAGAACAUCAAAAUAUUUAAUGCAGAUAUUAUCUAUCAUUUGUUUGAUGCUUUCACUGCAUACCAAUCGCAAUUAAUGGAAGCACGCCGUAAAGAGUUUAUGGAAUACGCAGUGUUGCCAUGUGUUUUGAAAACGAUACAAAUAAUCAACAAGAGAAAUCCUAUGAUAAUUGGUGUUGAUGUCAUUGAAGGUGCUGUGCGUAUUGGUACUCCUAUUUGUGCUGUGCGUCAAGACCCCGUCACCAAACAACCAAAUAUUAUGAUCUUGGGUAAGGUGACAUCGUUGGAGGUGAACCACAAGCCUGCAGAUUCAGUGAAGAAGGGACAAACAGCUGCUGGUGUGGCUAUGAGAUUGGAAAACCCUUCAUCCGCACAACCCACAUGGGGUCGUCAUGUGGACGAGACUGACAAUUUAUAUUCCUUGAUCACACGUAAAUCAAUUGAUACUUUGAAAGAUCCAGCUUUCCGUGAUACAGUUUCGAGAGAUGAUUGGUUAUUGAUUAAAAAGUUGAAGACCGUUUUUGAUAUAAAAUAA